AUGUUCAGGAAGACUGUCUGGAGGAACACAGUCAAUGAUGCAGUAAGUUUCCACCAGGACCAAGCCCUCAACACAACUAUAUUUCUCCUUAAAACCUACGGCCCGACAGGAUUUCUGCUCAGAGAGGAGGGAGAAGCCAGAAACUUUAAGGUGUGCUUGGGUGACCCACAUACGUGCACGUGCCCUGUGUUCUCCAGGGAGCAGGAGCCAUGCAAACACAUUUGCUGGAUUUUACUGCGGAAAUUCAGACUACCCAGAGAGCACGAGUAUUCCUUUCAGCGUGGACUCGUGGAGAGACAGAUCUUGGAGGUACUCCAUGGUUUACACCAAACAAGAGCCCACCGGACGGAAAAUGAUUUUUCUGCUGCUUCUGGGACCCCGAGCCAACCAGUCACGGGCCAGGAGGCUGGAAGCGUCUGCCGGAAAGUGAUCCAAGCCCAGGAUGUGUGUCCCAUCUGUCAAGAGGAGCUGUUGGAGAAGAAACAGCCUGUGUCUUACUGCAGGUUUGGUUGUGGCAAUAAUGUCCACAUCUCUUGCAUGAAGGUGUGGGCGGAUCACCAGCAGCUCUCAGACAGGGAGGAGACGGUGAGGUGCCCCUUGUGCAGGGAGGACUUCAGCUCUUUGAAGUUGCUGCAGGAGCAGGUGAAAAACGCAGCCAAGCUCUGCACUGCUGCUGAAAGAGAGAAGCCAGACAGACACCUGGGAGUUCUUUGUAACAGCUGCUGUGUCAGCCCUAUCACCGGCAAAUGUUUCAAAUGCACAGUCUGUAGUUACUUCUAUUUGUGUGAGGACUGCUCAAAGAAGAGCUGCCACCCAAAGCAUCUGUUUGCUUCCCGAAUAAGAAGGAGAGAGAAGUGGCGGCUAGUAACAGAGGACGUGAGCGAUGACACAAAGGGAGCAACUGCUAAGCCAGCAAAUCACAGCAUCACCCCUGUAGCUUCAGACCCUCUACCCGAAAAUGUGUUGGGUUGUCUGCCUGCCAUCAGGGUGAGAUCAGGGUCUCGGCUCUUGGAUGAGGGACAGCAGUGUCGAAUUUGUCUGCAGUGUUUUGCCCUGGGCCAGCAAGCCCGAACUCUGCCCUGCCAUCACAAGUUCCACGUGGACUGUGUGGACGGGAUCCUGCGGAAGUCAAACUCCUGCCCCUUGGAUGGAUAUGUCAUUUAUAGUCCCUUGACUUGGAGAACCAGUGAAAGGAAGACAUCCCCUAAGCUAGCCUCCUGCUUUUCCAGCGACUGUUCCAAACAACAAAAUAACUUAAAGGACCUGUUCAUCCCUGGAGUGGCACUGCGGGCCAAGAAUAUAAAAGUCACUCCCUCGCAUGCUUUAGCCAACUCUAGAGAUAUCCAGUGA